AUGGAGACCAGCACUCUCGCUGACAUCUCGGCCAGGAGGGAUUCAGAUCAGCAGCAGAACUCCCCAUCUACCAGGCCGCGACGCUCGUCAGAAGCAUGUGAACAGGAUCUGCAUUCUUCACGUCCUGAAAAUGAUCAACCUAACGCGGUCUCGCAUGUCAAAAUUGCACGCAGAAGGUCCAUCAUUCGCCGGAGGUCAUCAAGGUCCUUGAGGGCUCGCGCCAAAACCCGAGCUGCGUUUUUCAGAAGACAGUCUGUAUCCGCAAGUCGAAACUGUGUUUCCGAGGUGGUCAACGUUGGUUCUCAACAAGGACUUCUCGCGACUCCCCGGUGGUCCAUCUUCGAACGCUUCUUCAACAAUCUCCGAGGCGGUGCCGUUUCAUGCUUUGAGCUUCUGAGUAGGCUUCUCAAUGUUCCUAUCGCCGCCGCUACGAAUCUUGCAACGAGCGCAUACCUGGGACCGAUAAUUCUAUGCCUGUUCAUCCUUGCAAUUUGUCUCAAAACCGGCCUGAUUGUCCAUCUCCUGGUGACCUCUUUCAAGGACGGCUACACCAAUGGAAGUAGCUUGGCUCACAAGGUCUAUUUGUCGACAAUUUCGGCGACAGCAGCCGGGUACAACCGUCUUGCUAGCGUCCAGAGCUUCGCAGUGGAUUCAGGAAAUCGCUUCGUGAGCGCGCUCGGUGCAACAGGCUCAGCUGCCCAAGGUAUCCUAUGCCUUAGUCCUGCGGGUGCGAAGACGGUCAGCUGGCUAGGUUAUCCGUGCGAGCUUCCGGAAGGCUCGAGCGAGAACUUUUUUGACACCCUCAACAUGACUACUAUCGAAGUCGGACACUGGGUCAACAUCUCUGGCCUCGUUUUACCCCAUUCAAACUACCUGAGCAUGGCAAACAUAGCGGUUGGUAAGUACUCACUCGUGGUCAGACACAGCCGCGUGGACUUCCCCGACAAGCAUGCGCUUGCCAAUAGCAUGGACAUAUAUAGCGAAUUAUUGCUUGAGGGGGGCCAUCACAUUUUCACAACCGUUCUCCAAACCGAGAGCACCGUCAUGCUCAUGCAUUUGCACCUCCAGGAGGCAGAGAGAGAGCUAGAGCGCAUUUCCCGUUUGUCUCCGAUUUGGUCAUGGCGCCGGACAAGUCGAUUCCAGGUCAUGUUUACGAACCUAAUUCGCCUCGUGGAUCUUCGAAUUCUCGAUCUGAUAAGUGAAAUCCAAGCGUGCGUUAAGGUCCUUGAAAAAGCCGAGAAGGAAGGAAACCAGUAUUUGGACCUUGUUCGAUCAGCGGAGAACUAUAUUGAGAAGAAAAUCGAAGAAAAGGGCUACGUGUACAACCUUCUCCAUCCCGAUAAUAUCCUGGUACGAACAAAGAGCUUCAUUCCACAGCUUCACAUGCCAAUUCCAGAAGUGCUGGAACACCUUCGAAGCGCGAAAAUCAAUCUGAUACGGCACCGGCAACAUGUGACUAUUUCGGAGAAGGACCUGCUAUUUCUGCGAACCGACUAUCCAGGGACGUCAGGAGUGAAUAUCAUUCUGGCACGGUUAAAGAUGUUCGCGGAGCAGUUGUCAAGUUCGGUAGCCCAGAGCAAAUUUCAACGAGAGGCCCAGGAACGGCGGGAAGAAGCAGAGAGAAAGGAGGGCUAUUACCGUCUCCCCCAUGCAAAUAACGGCUAUGUUACCGCGAGUUGA